UUUGAAGUCUAUUAUCUCAAUUGAGUGGUCUUUGUUCGAGGAGAGAAGGCUUAUCUUGCAAAAAUCGAGCUGGAACGAGCAAAGGUCUGUGAACUCGAGCUGUGAGAGUGCUGAGACUGUUUGGUCGAUAUCUCGAGUUUUACAAGUCCAAUUAAGGCGUGUGAGAUACCCACAGAAAGCUCUCAAGACGGGGAAUCCGUGAAGGUCUGGUUUGCAGGAAUCGGAGUUGUGGAAGGCUUCCAAAUCGUCCGAGCAAAACACAACCUCGCAGGAGAGGAUUUAACCUUCUAAAGAAUCGAGUUAGCCGGAAAACACCCGUUCUAGGGGCUGUUUUCGUAUCAACGAUUAAGGGUUGAACUAGCACUUUGAGGAGGCUGUUUAACACUCAUAUUUGAGCAAGGAAUCAGUCCCAAAUCCACCUUGACCAAAGAUUUGACCAUUGGACCAAGAAGGGAAAGUUUAAAGCUCAAUUGAGGUUGAGGCUAGAGCUUGCUUCCUGUGCUCGUUGAUCGAGUGAUUCCUUGGAGAGAAGACUUGAAAUGGACCGUGGUGGCAAGGUAACUAGGAGGAACCCUUUGGGCCGUGCACCCGAGGAGACUGGGCAAGGCAGUCGUAGGACCUCUAGGGCAUCUAGAGGAGCGGGCCGUGGAGGCCAAUCACGGACCGUGAGUGACGGUCAUGUGAGCACCGAAAGUGACAGCUACUGGUCCUAUGAGGACUCGACCUAUCGGCCGGAAACAGAGCCGGUUGAAACCCCUUAUGAAGGGGAUGAUGAUGAUGUAAGUGAUGAGGAGGACAACGGCUCCUUAGCGCGGAUUGAGGCACUACUCCAACAAUAUCACCGUGAGCGUGAAGAGAGGAGGGAACGCCGAAGGCGCCGGGCUGGGCAACCUUCGGGCAUGGCUUCACGAGGAGGAAGUCAUGGUGCAUCUAGAGUCCAUGUGGAACCACGUGGAGGCCAAAAUGAUGGAGGUCCAACCAUAAGGAUCUCCAAAUACAUCAAAGAAGCAAGAGAUUUGGGGUGCAAACCCUUUGAUGGAGCAGGGGACAUUUCAGUGGCAGCACAAUGGAUCAAGAGGCUAAAUGAAGCGGCCCUUGACAUGCAAAUCGCGCCGAAUCUCAAACUGAGAAUUGCGGUAAGAUUGCUCGAGGGGAUGGCAUCCAAGUGGUGGGAUGGAACCAAGAACAAGUACGGUGAGACCGUCGUUUGGGAGGACUUCCAACGGGAGUUCUUUGCCCAAUACUAUUCUGAUUUCGAGGUGAAUAAGAAGGUGAGGGAAUACACCCUCCUAACCCAAGGGGGUAACAUGUCAGUGAAGGAGCUUGAGUACAAGUUCCGGGAUCUCGCCGACUACAUACCGGAGUAUGCUUGUGACGAGAACCGCAUGGUGAACCACUUUUGGGACGCUCUUGACUUGGAGAUACGUGAUAGGGCAACGCAAUUGCCUAAUAUGACUUUCGCCCAAGUGGUUGAACAAGCAUUGAAAGGGGAGAAACAGUGGGAGGAACGGAAGAAGAGAGACGCCGAGGAGGCGAAAAAGAGAAAAUGGGAGAGUCAUGGCUCCCAACGUUCCAACAAAAAGGGGAACCAUGGAGGAGGAUCUUUCCGGGCACCACCGCCACCGUCUAGGGGGAACCAAGGCCCGAGUGGGCAAGGCUCGAGGUCACAAACCUCGGUGGUAACUCGUUGCAACAAUUGCAAGAAGAACCACUCCGGUAAAUGUCGCGACCCCCCUAGAUGCUUUCAAUGUGGGGAUGCCGGGCAUUUGAAGGCACAUUGUCCACAACUGGGCGGGGCAAGGACAUCGGGACCAAGCAGUGGCCCGACGGGUACACGGAGUCAGACCGGGGCCUCUCAAGCAAGCAGAGGACAAGGGGGAGCAAGCGCGAGUAACGCGCCGUCCGUGAAUCAAGGAAGGACGCAAGCUAGAGUCUACGCAAUGACCGAGGCUGAUGCUCGGGCUAAUCCCGACUCCGUCGCAGGUUGAGGCUAGAGCUUGCUUCCUGUGCUCGUUGAUCGAGUGAUUCCUUGGAGAGAAGACUUGAAAUGGACCGUGGUGGCAAGGUAACUAGGAGGAACCCUUUGGGCCGUGCACCCGAGGAGACUGGGCAAGGCAGUCGUAGGACCUCUAGGGCAUCUAGAGGAGCGGGCCGUGGAGGCCAAUCACGGACCGUGAGUGACGGUCAUGUGAGCACCGAAAGUGACAGCUACUGGUCCUAUGAGGACUCGACCUAUCGGCCGGAAACAGAGCCGGUUGAAACCCCUUAUGAAGGGGAUGAUGAUGAUGUAAGUGAUGAGGAGGACAACGGCUCCUUAGCGCGGAUUGAGGCACUACUCCAACAAUAUCACCGUGAGCGUGAAGAGAGGAGGGAACGCCGAAGGCGCCGGGCUGGGCAACCUUCGGGCAUGGCUUCACGAGGAGGAAGUCAUGGUGCAUCUAGAGUCCAUGUGGAACCACGUGGAGGCCAAAAUGAUGGAGGUCCAACCAUAAGGAUCUCCAAAUACAUCAAAGAAGCAAGAGAUUUGGGGUGCAAACCCUUUGAUGGAGCAGGGGACAUUUCAGUGGCAGCACAAUGGAUCAAGAGGCUAAAUGAAGCGGCCCUUGACAUGCAAAUCGCGCCGAAUCUCAAACUGAGAAUUGCGGUAAGAUUGCUCGAGGGGAUGGCAUCCAAGUGGUGGGAUGGAACCAAGAACAAGUACGGUGAGACCGUCGUUUGGGAGGACUUCCAACGGGAGUUCUUUGCCCAAUACUAUUCUGAUUUCGAGGUGAAUAAGAAGGUGAGGGAAUACACCCUCCUAACCCAAGGGGGUAACAUGUCAGUGAAGGAGCUUGAGUACAAGUUCCGGGAUCUCGCCGACUACAUACCGGAGUAUGCUUGUGACGAGAACCGCAUGGUGAACCACUUUUGGGACGCUCUUGACUUGGAGAUACGUGAUAGGGCAACGCAAUUGCCUAAUAUGACUUUCGCCCAAGUGGUUGAACAAGCAUUGAAAGGGGAGAAACAGUGGGAGGAACGGAAGAAGAGAGACGCCGAGGAGGCGAAAAAGAGAAAAUGGGAGAGUCAUGGCUCCCAACGUUCCAACAAAAAGGGGAACCAUGGAGGAGGAUCUUUCCGGGCACCACCGCCACCGUCUAGGGGGAACCAAGGCCCGAGUGGGCAAGGCUCGAGGUCACAAACCUCGGUGGUAACUCGUUGCAACAAUUGCAAGAAGAACCACUCCGGUAAAUGUCGCGACCCCCCCUAGAUGCUUUCAAUGUGGGGAUGCCGGGCAUUUGAAGGCACAUUGUCCACAACUGGGCGGGGCAAGGACAUCGGGACCAAGCAGUGGCCCGACGGGUACACGGAGUCAGACCGGGGCCUCUCAAGCAAGCAGAGGACAAGGGGGAGCAAGCGCGAGUAACGCGCCGUCCGUGAAUCAAGGAAGGACGCAAGCUAGAGUCUACGCAAUGACCGAGGCUGAUGCUCGGGCUAAUCCCGACUCCGUCGCAGGUUGAGGCUAGAGCUUGCUUCCUGUGCUCGUUGAUCGAGUGAUUCCUUGGAGAGAAGACUUGGUUCGUGCUUCCUCCAUUCUGUUUUUAAAUAAUAUUAAACUUGCUCAUGGAUAUUUUACUUUAGAGCCUGCGUGCUCAUGUUUGCCCUGUGUGGCCCUUUUGUUUUAAACAAUGUUUUCCGCUGCGUAUUCAAUUGUUUAUUAUGUAUGUUUAUGGAUGACUUAUGUGUGAAUGAUAUUCAUGACGCCUUGUAUAAUAUGAAUGUGUUGGACUGCGGUUGACUAUUCGUAUUGUACGGCGGGUUGUUGACGUGUCCGGGGAGGUCCGGGGCGUGACAUUUUUAUUCACCAAUAAAACUAUACCAAGAAACUUUUGAAUUGGUUUUACAUUGAUAAACCACACCCGCUCAAUUCUUCAAUGAUGUUUCGAUCUCUCAAUGUGAA